AGCAGCAUCGCCAAGUAAAAGGCUGUGGCAUCCAGGGGAGAAGAGACGGAAAACUCGGCUGCAGUUGCGUCGAAGCCACUUUUCUCUGUUGCUUUUUCUUUCCGUCCGGUGGAUUACAUGCUUGCGUUUUGACAGUGGUCGGCGGCUGUAGCUCAAGGAUUUAAAUAACCAUCGCUGCUGCUGCUGCUUCACCUCUGAUGUGGUUCUCCAACGCGCCCGGAUUCCUCUGAAGCCGCUCUUCAGACCCCUCAGCCGGCACGAUGACUCGGAUUUUGUGGGAUGCUAUUUUUCUCAUCAGCGGUUCCUUCUUUACAUUUGGAGCAGGUCCGAGCGGUUCAGCUGUGAUUGAAGCGAACGUUUCCAUCGACACAAUCACCACCUCUGCUCCAGACGCAUCCAGUAACAACUCUUUGACCACCAGUGGCAAAGCAACAAGCACAGCUAACUUUCUUACAAGUAGAAGUUCUCUUUUUACAGAGCAAACAAAUUCAACAGUCGCAGAUGCUGCAGUUGCUCUUAACACCUCUGCUGCUGCUUCUCGCACCCUGACAAGCAGCUCCUCAACAACCAUCCGCAGCACAACCUCGACAACCAGAGGACCUGCUGCAACAACCAGCAAACGUCCAGUUAAAAAGUUUGUGGCUGCGGCUGUUCGGUCUCAUUUUGAUGACUGUCCUGACUCCCAUCGGCAUUUCUGCUUCCAUGGCACCUGCCGCUUCCUGAUCCUGGAGGAGACACCUGCAUGUGUGUGUCAUCCAGGCUUUGUGGGGAUGAGGUGUGAGCACGCAGACCUGCUAGCCGUAGUAGCAACCAACCACAGGAAGCAGGCUGUGGCCACGGUGCUCGUGCUGUGCGUGAUUGGAUGCGUCCAUCAUGGUGUUGUGUUCGUUCUUACACUGCUGGUGGAGGGAGGACUGUCGGAGGCGGAGCCGAGCGCAUCUCUACGUGGCAGAGAAGCACAGAGCAACAUGCUAUCCGCCAGAGAGUGUGGUUUGACGAGACGCUAUUUGAAACAUUGUGUGUCUCUGUGUGGCGCCUCUGACCCUGGAGAUUCUUCUAAACCGAUCAAGAUCAUCAGAGAACUGUGUCAGUCUGUUUGGACUUCAUGUCACGCCUGGAAAAGAGCUCAAUAUUCUUAUUACCGUUUCUGGAUGAUCCAGAGGACAUCAACGGAACUGACUCUGCUAAAUAUUCAACCAUUUUUAACUAAUGGCUUCAGGAUGACCAUUAGCUAUUCUCAUAGUUGAGAAGACCACAGUUCCUAUUUUUAUCUUUAUUAUUAUAUUAUUUUUUUAUCUCUGCACGUUUUUCCUCAGAAGUCGUUGUGCACAAAGGACAUUUUUACUAACUGGUGGUGUGGGGGAAACUGAUGCUUUAAACAUGUUUUAGUGUCUGUUUUUUUUUUUUUUUUAUAAAAGAA